CACAAAACUCCACAGAUUUGAAGCCGCUUCCGAUCCCGGUAAAUUCAAUCUACACACGAAAAGGGGGAGAAAAUUAGGGUUGAUUCAGCCCGUGCAAACCAACCAAAUUCAGGAUGCCGGUGGAAGUUGCGAACGGCGUCGCAGAAUCUCUAUCGCUCCCCAGCGGCGAUCUCAAAUCGCAAAACCCUAAGGCCGCCGCGAAGAAGUCACGGGAAACCGAGAAGCGCAGGAGGAGGCGGAAGCAGAAGAAGAACAAGCAGAGCAACUCCAACGGAAAUGACAGCGACACUGCGGCGGAGGACGCCGACGGCGGAGCGCAUGACAGUUCUAAGGAGAACUCUGACCCUGCCAAGGCUUUGGAACUAGUAGAGGUUGAAUAUGUUCCAGAAAAAGCAGAAUUAGAUGGUGUUGAUGAGGAAUUCAGGAAGGUUUUUGAGAAAUUUAAUUUCAUGGACAACACAGUUGCUGAGGAAAAUGAUAAAAAGGAUGAGACUGCCCCUGAUCCAGCAUUAAAGAAGAAGGCGGACUCAGAUUCUGAAGAAGAGGAACAAGAUACUCAGCAAAAAGAAAAGGGAAUCUCUAAUAAAAAGAAAAAGCUUCAACGUCGGAUGAAGAUUGCUGAACUGAAGCAGAUUUGUACAAGACCUGAUGUUGUUGAGGUAUGGGAUGCAACUUCUUCAGAUCCAAAGCUGUUGGUAUACCUCAAGUCAUACCGAAACACUGUUGCAGUACCACGACACUGGUGCCAGAAAAGGAAGUUUUUACAGGGAAAGAGGGGUAUCGAAAAACAGCCUUUUCAACUUCCUGAUUUCAUUGCUGCUACAGGAAUAGAGAAAAUUAGACAGGCUUACAUUGAAAAAGAGGAUAGCAAAAAGUUGAAACAAAAGCAACGCGAGAGAAUGCAGCCUAAAAUGGGAAAGAUGGACAUUGAUUAUCAGGUUCUUCAUGAUGCAUUCUUCAAGCAUCAGACUAAGCCGAAAUUAACAUAUCAUGGUGAUUUGUAUUAUGAGGGGAAGGAAUUUGAGGUGUGGAAGUCAACAUGGAUACUAUUACUUAAAUUAUAUUUUUUCAGCUCAUCUGCAUUUUUUUAUAAUAUCUUGAACUCUGUUACGCCAAUUUUCUUUGGCUGCUAUCAGGUGAAACUACGAGAAAUGAAACCAGGGACAUUGUCACAUGAGUUAAAAGAGGCUCUAGGCAUGCCUGAUGGUGCCCCUCCACCAUGGCUCAUCAAUAUGCAGAGAUACGGUCCUCCACCUUCUUAUCCUCAUCUAAAAAUCCCCGGGCUUAAUGCACCUAUUCCUGCUCGAGCUAAAUUUGGCUAUGGACAUGGGGAAUGGGGCAAACCGCCUGUUGAUGAAUAUGGGCGUCCUCUCUAUGGAGACGUAUUUGGCUUUGUACAGCAAGAUGAACCCAAUUAUGAGGAAGAACCAGUUGAUAAGAGUAAGCACUGGGGUGACUUGGAGGAGGAGGAGGAAGAAGAGGAAGAGGAAGAGGAGGAGGAAGAAGAGGAGGAACAGAUGGCAGAAGAGGAGCUUGAAGAUGGCAUACAGUCCGUCGACAGCCUUUCAAGCACUCCUACUGGUGUUGAAACCCCUGAUGUUAUUGAUCUUCGGAAGCAGCAGAGGAAGGAACCUGAUAGGCCUCUCUACCAAGUGCUUGAAGAAAAAGAAGAGAAGAUAGCACCGGGAACCCUGCUUGCACCAGGCCACACGUAUGUCAUUAACACUGGAACACAAGACAAAUCUGGUGGUGCAAAGAGGGUUGAUUUGCUAAAAGGUCAGAAGUCAGAUAAGGUGGAUGUCACAUUGGCACCGGAGGAGUUGGAUGCGAUGGAGAAUGUUUUGCAAGCCAAGUACGAGGAAGCCAGAGAAGAAGAGAAGUUGCGCACCCAGAAGGAGGAUUUCAGUGACAUGGUUGCUGAGAAUGCGAACAAAAGAAAGCGGAAGAUGCAGGAGAAGGAGAAACAGUCGAAGAAGAAGGAUUUCAAGUUUUAACUGCUGCAACUUGGCUGGAGAUUCGAUGGAUGGGUUUGAAUGUAGUUGUGGGGGGUAUUUGAAUGCUUAUACAAUGCUAUGGGUUAUCGUCUUCUGCAACCGUUGGGUCUUUACCCGACUAAGGGUCGUCACAUGUUCGGCUCUGUUCCUGCUAGUAGUAAUUCUCUGUGUUAGAAGAUGAAUAUGCCCUUUAUCUCUCUGUGUUAAGUUUCCUGGUUCAUCAAGGAACAGUCGAAAUUUGCUUUUAAGAGGCAUGUAUGCAAUAGUGUUUAAUGUGACAAAAGCUUAUAAUCAAAGUAUUUGCAUAUUGAGUUUCUUAA